AAAAUCACUCUUGACAUCCAGAAGCCUAUCCUUCUUGGUAAGUUUCUGGUUAAGCCAUAAAAAUAUAGAAGACCCUUUUCAUUUCAGCCAAGCAGAAGACAAAGGGGCCACCAGGGUUCCAUGAAAGCUUACCUGCUAAGUUCACUUACCUGUUAAUUUUAGAAACUGCAAGCACUAACUCACUGACUAAGGAGACGAUCGAAGUGCAACCCACAAGAAUUUCAUUGAAAAGAAGAGCAAGAAUGAUCAAAGCAGAGAGAAAGCACAAAGAGCCAGGUAAUUUUCACUCACUCAAUGAUCCAAAAGUGGUCUUGGAGGUAGCCUCAAUGACUCCUAAGGUGCCAUGAAUCUGUUAUCCACAAACUACAGGAGAUUGAGCCAGUCCUCUGCAGUAUUAGGCCUAAAGGUUCUUGUAAAUGAAAGGAGUAUAUCAGAUAGUAAACAAGACUCCAUGACUAAGCUGUUUAGAAAAGCUGUUGAUAUGAUGGGGCUUGGAGAUUUGGGCUGCACUGAGAUACCAUUUACAUGAAGCAACAAAUAAGCAAGGUUAGUGAAGAGGAAGGCAAGACUUGACAGAGGAUUAGCAACAAGUAAUUGGAUCGAGUUACUUCCAAACUGCCAAAUCUAACAUCUUCAAGAAGUAUUUACUGACAAUUCUCCCCUCCUUAACUUGUUAAAAGAAAAGAGAAGAUAGAAGAAGCUGAUCAGAUUUGAAGAAACUUAAAAUACUUGAUGCAUCCAAGAUUGUUUCCAGGAAUUCUCAAAUUUAACCAGAGUUGGGAGCUAGAAUUUUCUGUUUUUCUCUGCAACUAAUCUUGAUACCAGUAUGUGCACUCUUAAUUAUUGGAGUAGAAAAAGAUGAAAUUAUGUAAAUGGCUCUCGACCCAUGUUAGAGAUCAACUCUAUCUCAUCUUGCAGCUCCUUGACAGUAGGUUCCGGAGUGAAGAUUCUCGGUUGCCAAACAGUCUGUCCACAAAAAACUGAUUCUUACUUGCUUUAAGUCGAGAGUCAAGGCUACUAUAGUAAUUUAAAAAUUCAGACUUUUUGGAGGAAAAGUUUGAGACUUUUUUCGUAUUUAGAUAUUUUGAGUCCCCUAUUAUAUAUAUAUGUAUAAUUUUGUCAGUUUCUUAUGCUCUCUUGAUAAGGUGUCACCUUUUUCUCUGUUUACUGCAUAUACUCCGCUUAAGAAGAUAACAAUGGCGUACAACCUCUGUUCUUCAUCUUCUUCUCUCUUCAUCGACCCCCAGCCUCUUUGCAACUCACUCUAUUCUUCACCAAAACUAAGACCAAGAAGCUUUGUAUACUCUUUCAACUCGAAUCUCUGUACAUUUCGAUCAAAACUCCCUCUCCAAAUCAACCAUGUCUCAUUACAAGACUCAGUUCCACUACAAACCCGGAACACAAACACAAAAAAAGUGUCAAAUUCCCAAGACCCAGAUGGGAAUUCUGGCUCUUCAUCGAAAAGCUACAUAUGGGUCAACCCUAACAGCGCUAGAGCUUCUCAGCUUCGACAUAAAUCAUACGAUUCAAGGUAUAAUUCUCUUGUAAAAUUAGCUGAGUCUUUGGAUUCGUGUAACCCUCUCGAAAAUGACGUUUUUGGUGUUUUGAAUGGAUUUUCUGGUAAACUUUUCGAGCAAGAUGCUGUUGUCAUUCUCAAUAAUAUGUUAAACCCAGAAACUGCAUUGCUUGCCCUUAAGUACUUUCAACAGAACUUGAAACCAAGUAGGGAGGUGAUUCUGUACAAUGUGACGUUGAAAGUGUUUAGAAAAUGUAAAGAUUUGGAUGGAGCAGAGAAGCUGGUUGAAAAAAUGCUUGAGAGAGGGGUUAAGCCAGAUAACGUCACGUUUUCAACUAUAAUUAGUUGUGCUAGGAUGUCAUCUUCUCCAAUUAAGGCUGUGGAGUGGCUUGAGAAGAUGCCGAGCUUUGGGUGUGAACCUGAUGAUGUUACGUACUCCGCCAUGAUUGAUGCCUAUGGGCGUGCAGGUGAUGUGGAUAAGGCUUUGAGCUUGUAUGACCGUGCAAGAACAGAGAAGUGGCGUAUUGAUCCAGUGACGUUUUCCACGUUAAUUAGGAUUUAUGGGGUAUCUGGAAAUUUUGAUGGGUGUUUGAACAUUUAUGAAGAGAUGAAGGCUCUUGGUGCUAAGCCAAAUCUAGUUACAUAUAAUACAUUGUUGGAUGCUAUGGGAAGAGCCAAGAGGCCUUGGCAGGCUAAGUUAAUUUACAAAGAUUUGAUUGACAACGGCUUUACUCCAAAUUGGAUAACCUACGCAGCUCUCUUAAGGGCCUAUGGCAGAGCUCGCUAUGGCGAAGAUGCUCUUAAUAUCUAUAGGGUAAUGAAGGAGAAGGGAAUGGAGUUGAAUGUGAUUCUUUACAAUACUCUAUUAGCCAUGUGUGCUGACAUCGGUUACACUGACGAGGCUGUUGAAAUUUUUGAGGAUAUGAAGACUUCUGGGACUGAACCCGAUAGUUGGACCUUUUCUUCCUUGGUUACCAUAUAUUCUUGCAGUGGCCAAGUUUCAGAGGCAGAGGCUGUAUUGAACGAGAUGUUGGAAGCAUGGUUUGAGGCUAAUAUUUUCGUUUUAACAUCACUUAUUCAAUGCUAUGGAAAAGCCCAGCGAAUAGAUGAUAUUGUUAGGUCAUUUAAUCACGUUUUAGAGCUUGGCAUCACUCCAGAUGAUCGCUUCUGCGGUUGCCUUCUGAAUGUGAUGACCCAGACGCCAAAGGAAGAGCUUGAUAAAUUGAGUGACUGCAUUGAGAAGGUCAAUUCAAAGCUUGGCUUAGUGGUGAAGCUUUUGGUGCAGAAGAAUAAUAGUGAAGAGGUCUUUAAGAAGGAAGCAUCUGAACUUUUUGAUUCAAUCAGUCCAGAUGUGAGAAAGGCUUACUGCAAUUGCUUGAUAGAUCUUUGUGUCAACCUCAAUUUGUUGGAGAGAGCCUGUGAGCUGCUGGAUCUGGGGCUUACACGUGAGAUCUACACUGGUAUACAGUCUAGGUCUCCAACCCAAUGGUCUCUACAUCUUAAAUCUCUAUCUCUUGGGGCUGCAUUGACUGCAUUACAUGUUUGGAUAAGUGACUUGUCCAAGGCCCUUGAAUCUGGGGAGGAGCUUCCUCCGUUGCUUGGGAUCAAUACUGGACAUGGGAAACACAAGUAUUCAGACAAAGGCCUAGCCAUGGUCUUUGAGUCACAUCUGAAGGAACUAAAUGCCCCUUUCCACGAGGCUCCAGAAAAGGUUGGCUGGUUUUUGACAACAAAUAUUGCAGCCACGUCAUGGUUGGAAUCUAGGAGUUCACUGGACCUGGCUGCUUCGUAAGUGCCGUGCUUAUAAAGGUUCUGGUAUGUAAUGUUUGGAAUUACCAGCUUCUGUUGUGCUUUCAUGCUUACUUUCAUUCGUUUGAUAGAGGAAAAUUUUUGAAUCAUUAAUCCAUUCUUAUUAUACUUGGUUACUAAGUUAAUGGAAUUAGGAAAAAUUUUUGAGUCUUAUGGAAUGACUUUGCCAA